CUAAGAUAGUCUUUCCAGUGAAGUCAAGUUAAGAGCAAACCGUUGUGGAGCAUUUCUAAUUGAGGAGGAGCUCAGCGGCAGCACACUGCAGAGCGGGAGACCGGCUGGAGAAGAACUAGUCGUGCGUCCUCUGGAUGUGUCCUGCUUUACCCGGUCCCAGACCCAUGCAGGAAGUGGGGCAGUGUCACCAAAAUCAGGAAACCGAGGGUUGCUAUUAAUGCAGCGGAGCAAAGUGCUGCAGUACAGCUGGUUUAAAGCUACUCUAGUCUCCGCGAAGAGGACAGGAGCUCUAGUGAUCUUCAGAAACCAAAAGGACAUAUUUGGGCAAAUGAUGCCUUUUGUGGGGUGAUUUUGUGCACUUUUGAGCCUUCGCGACCAUGGAGGAACCCCACACGAGUGUUAGAUCAGCUAAAUCCAAAACACCUUCAGCACAUGAGCUGUUAAUUCUGCACGCAGUCGAGGCCCAGGAAUGGGCGACAUACUUGGAGCAGAUCUUGAAAACCUCCAGAAAAUUCCGGAAGAGGUCCAUUUUGCUGUGUGCGGUUGAUGCGGUCGAUCAGCUCCACGGAUAUGACUUUGAAUGUUUCCAGAGCUGCGAGUGCGUCGUGCUGCUCCUCACCGGAGCAAUCCUGGACAUGCUCUGUGACCCUGAACUGCAGGGGCCGCUCCAGGGACUCCUUUACCCUCCGCACAGAGUGGUAGCGCUGCUGUGCGGCGUGCAAGAGGACGACGUACAGACAGGGUACUUCGAGGACUGGCCGAGCUGGAGGAAACUCUACGCUGACGACGAGCCGGCUCUCUACGUUUCCACCAUUUUGGAGUCCAUCACUGAUAGCAGACGAGUAGAGCCCCAACAUAAGAGCGAAGCUGUAGCUGAGGCAGAGUUGCCCAUCACUGCAGCCUCUUCCACUGAAAGUCCUGCCACUGAUGAAACGGAGGAAGUGGUCUCAGAGGAGCAACAAGAAACUGUGCAGGACGAAGAACCAGCGAGCACGCCGAACUCCACAAGCCAGGAGCAUAGUACACCCACGCACCUCACCUGUCUCACCGUCCAGCCAAACAGAGUUCUGUGCGGGGAACGGGAGAAACUUUUUAUCGUUCUGACGCAUAAAGUAGAUGAUCGGUCGGUACCAGAGGUGGAGUUUUCAUCUGAAAAUAUAACUGGAAAAAGGGUCCCAGGCACCGUAGAGAAUGAAUACACUAUAAGUGUUACUGCACCUGAUAUGCCUGUUGGAGUGGUAUCACUCACCAUGUACACUGACCAAUGCUGCGUCAGCUUGAGGCCCGUUACCUAUUAUACUGUUAUGGGGGAAGUCGGUCGGUACCUUGAAGAGGCUGCUGAUCCUGUUAACUUCAUCUGCCAGGCCUUCAACUUGACAUCAAAUGCAACUGAAUCACUGGACAAAAUGCUAACUGACUCCUUGAAAUCCAUGAUGCCUGCAACUGGUCUUCAGCUGUUUGGAAUCAGACAGAUUGAAGAAGACAAUAUGGCGGCAUAUCAGCGUAAUGAGGAGCUGCCCACGCUGCUCCACUUCGCUGCUAAGUACGGCCUGAAGAAGCUGACCACCAUUCUCCUUCAGUGUCCCGGGGCUCUGCAGGCUUACAGCGUGAUGAACAAGUCUGGAGACUACCCAAACACGCUGGCAGAGAAGAGCGGCUUCUCUGAUCUCAGACAGUUUAUGGAUGAAUUUGUCGAGACGGCAGACAUGCUGAAGUCUCACAUCGAGGACUCCAUCCACCCAGAGGAAGGUGCAGAGGUGUAUGAGAUGAUGUCAACUAACUCUCAAGAUAUCAUGAUGAAGUACUCGGGUUGCUCAGAGGACAUAUAUGAGUCCAUGCUGGGGAUUGACCCUGAAUGUGCAGAGGACCUAUAUGAGUCAAUGACUGCAGUAGACGAGAACCCAGAGGAAGCAAUGCUGAGGAAGUUCUUCCAAGCAAAACAACAUGCCAAUGUAAACCAGGACAACAAAGACCUCCUUAAAAGUGAGGAAGAGGAAAAGGGAAAUCAUAAUGACUUUGAUGAAAUUGAAGAAGAGGAGGAUCCAUACGACAUCUGCCCGGAGGAUAUAUAUGAUACUGUGGAUGCAAACGGCACCUUUAACCCAGAAAUCCUGAACCGCCCACCAGCCCCCAUCCCGAGGCCUGAUUCCAUGUCUGAUCUUGAAAAGUCUCAGACCUACAUCGCCAGAGUAUUUUCAGAUAAAGCUGCGUCCCAGAGUCAAACAAUGGAAACGGGAUAUCCUGCAGUUCAGCCUGUGGAGGCCCCUCCCUCUCCUGUUUAUGACCCCUACGCUGGGAUGAAGACACCUGGACAGAGACAGCUCAUAUCUCUGCAGGAGAGGGUGAAGGUGGGGGAAAUUACCGUGGAUGAGGCCGUCCAAGAGUUCAAGGCCUGGCAGUUUGACCAUGAGCGGAGAUCCAGCUCCAUACGCUAUCAGCAGGAAAAUCUGAAGAAAUUACGAGACAGCAUCACCAGACGCCACAAAGAGAGAGAGAAGACAGGAAAGGAGCUUGAUUAUGAGAUAAGUGCUCCGCUGCAGAGGAACUUAUACUGGGGCCCCAGUGUGACGUUAGAGUGUUCUGUGUACGAGACGGCACCCAGAACGUUGGCUCUUCCUCCUCCUCCUCCUCCUCCGGCGACUCAGAGUAUCCAGCGAGGCAGCUGGAAGACAGGUAGCACCUCCAGCACCUCCAGUACUGAGAGCAACAGACUCAGCACUCACAGCACCUUUAGCUACAGCAGCGGGACAGAGCCUGACUUUGAGGACACAUUAGAAAAUGCCCCUCCGCCACGUCCUCCGCGGCCGUCUGAUGCAGCACCCCUCACUUCUCCACCCAGGAUUCCCCCACGGCUCCCCGAAAGGGUGCCAGAGAAGAUGCUGCAUGAGCGCUACAUAUCUUGCCCGACUCGAGCACUUCCUCAAAGACCCACUCAGAGACACACAAACUCAGCCCCUCCCGUACCUCGACGCCUGCGCUGAUCGUCCCAUGUCUACUUCUGCUGGGUUUAGUUUCUAAAGUAUUUUAAGAGGGAUGUAGGAGUCAGACGGACAGUGUUCCUCUGCUAGUUAUGAGUAAACGCAUAGACAGUUGUUUUUUUUGGUAUUUUUUCUGCUUUUAUAAAUUUUUAUGCAUCAGUGUAAUUACGUUUCCAUAAUCUUUCAAUAUGUGUAUAUGUGUUUGUGGGUGAGUGAGUCUGUUAUAUUCAGUGUUGUGGUAUGUUCUUUUUUUUUUUUUUUUACCUCUAAUAACCCUGGAACAUUUAAAGAUUUAACUGUUGCAACUGUAAAGUAAACAUUUUCUUAUAGACCUUAGCUUUAAGGUGUUGAGUUAAAGGGGAAAUAAUUGGGUUUAACUAAAAUUUUAAUUAUUAUAUUUAAACAUAGUUGGUAGUGGUUCUUCCGUUAACUGAGCCAAUGACGUAAAGUUCAGCAGAGAAAAAUAAUAUUCCUUUCUAUAAUUAAGCUAGUACUUAAUUGCAAGUUGCUUUGACAUUAUAUUGCACUUAUUUUACCUCAAAUGAUGUCACCGUUAUGCUUCUUUAAGAACUUAAAGUUUAGUUGUGUUAUUUGUAUAUCUUUCUUAACUUGGAGAAAUCGUACCUUGAUGAUAAGGUAACCUUUAGGAAGUCUGUUUUGUUGUACAUCAGACUUAUUCUAACUUCUGAAUUUCCAUCCAUCCAUCUUCCGUAACCGCUUAUCCAGUUAAGGGUCGCGGGGGUGCUGGAGCCGAUCCCAGCUGUCAAUGGGCGAAGGAACUUCUGAAUUUCAUAAUAAAAAAUUGAAAAUAUGUUCUUUUUAUACAUUUGAACAUGUUCUUCUUUUAAUUAGUUCCUAUCCAACCAGUAUUUAUUUUUUCUUGUGCAGUAUGAGGUUUGGUCACUUGAUGGCGCUCCAUAUUCUCUGUGUGCAUUCCACUGACAUUUAACAUGUAUGUAAACACUUUUAUUCCAAGUAGAUUUGUAAGCAUGCAGCAAUUUAAUGAAAUUACAAAUUACUUCACUGCUAUAAAUAUAAAUUAAUCCUCCUGGCUCUGUCCCCUCAAUAGCUCUGGGAGGAGAAACAUUUAUAUAAAGUUUGAGAGAGUGUAGCUAGCAGGGAC